AAGCGUAGCAAGGCAUAUCACUGGCAAUACUCUAGCUUUUUUGUAAUUUUGUGAUGCUUCCAAAGAUUAGGGGUGAAACACCCAUUUCCAAGGAUGACUUGAAACCAAGAGAUCACAUUUACACGUAUAGGACGGGCUACAUCUAUUGCCAUCACGGUAUAUACGAGGGCAAUGGAAGAAUAAUACAUUUCACGGGUGACAUGUUGGGAGGAAAUUCAUUAUCCUCAUUCUCAAGCAGCUCGUCGCAUCACAAAAAAUGCUCAAACUGCGGCUACCAAUCAAAUGUUAUGGGAGUGAUCCGUACAUGUUUUGAUUGUUUCCUCCAUGAAUUUAAAAAUCUUUACUUAUAUGUAUAUGGUAAGUGUGACCCACCUGAAGAAGUUUUAAGUUGUGCUCGUUUUCUACUACAGAAGUAUAAGGGGUUCGGUGAUUAUAGUUUAACAGAAAACAACUGUGAGGAUUUUGCCAUUUACUGCAAAACGGGAUGUCUCUUGUUUGAUCAGAAUGGUAAACAUGUGUCUAGAAGCACCCAGGUUCGAAAGGCAGGCCUUGUUAUUGAUGGAGUCACUAGCGCUAUAAGUCCUCUUGGAGCUGUGCUCAAGUUGUUGAAGAAUUCUAAGUAUACAGAGAGGAGGAUUUCUGUUGAGGUCUUUUAUGAUAAGUAUCACUAUAAAGCUUAGUCAUUGGAGUACAUUUUAGUGCUUCCUAUGUUCCAAGUAAUAAAUUCUAGCUCACUAACAAAUAAAGUAAGACUACUAGAACUCAUGUUGAAUAAGGGAUCCCCCACACACACACAUACA